UUAGAUCCCACGUCUAAUCUAAAGGAGUCCUGUGAAAUCCUUUGAGUUUGGGAAUUCUAGUUGGUGUCAGAAUUCUGAUUUCUGGCGGCUUCAGAGACCGGGCCCUCCUUGCUGGGACGGGCGUCCUCCUAAGUUAAUUCCAAACACUCAUUCAGGAGGACUGAGGCAGCAGCUGCAUUCGGUAUACUCACCACAAGGCUAAGCUUCUGAACCGUCAAUACACGUUUAUAAAGCACUUUUCAUAAAGCUUAUGUACCAGGUGCAUUAGCAAGGAAAGGAGGGACCUUCCGUGGAGAAAGGGAACUGAGGACGUCUGGCCACAAGAUGUGGAUGGGAAUUGUGUCCAGUGCCUAAAAGACACGCUGUGUCAGGGACCCGCGGAGCCCCUAUUCCUCCCACGGGAAAGGAGCAUCUGUGUGUAAGGGGCUGGGCGUAAAACCAAGAACUGUCUGGCUCCUGCCUUCUCCGCGUGGCUCUCAGAAUCGCCUACGAGGCCCAUCUCUUCUCUUUUUCUUUACUGUCCUCCCCUAGAUUCUAAGAUAUUUUGACACGACGGAAUUUCACCUGCUCCUUCAGGCACGUCCCUCCUCUUUGAGGAGGUCGGCACCCUCCCUCCUUCCGGACUUCCCGUGAGCAGUUUUUAUUUCUAGACCCGUUACUUCUCAGAGCCUCUUCCUAAAACAUGUCCGGGCCAGCCUCCUUGCCUCAAUUUAUGCCGCUUCCCAUCGCUGGACUCCGCUCAUCUCCUCCGCCGGCGUGUCUCCUUCCUCCUUGAAGGCCUCGUUCCCCUCUUACCUCAUCCAGAAGCUUCUGAACAUCCCUAUCUGGGGGCAGAUUUCUCUCAACCGACAGCUCCCCUGGACUACACUGCUUCCCCUGCCUGGAGGAGUGAGCCCUCUGCCCCGAGUGGUCUGCACCUGCUCCCUCCCCGAGGGCCUGAAACUACCUCCAGAUCUGUCAGGGCUGAAAGAGGGAGCUAGCUGUCUGGCCUCAGAUAAUCCCAUUGGAGAAAUUUGAUGGGGUCCUGAGAGAGGAGGUCGUGGCCAAUUCCCUUCACCAGCUGGGGCGCUCAGGCUCCGGGACUGAGCAGGUCUAUCUCAAUCUAGCUUUACCAAUCUGUCUUGUGUGAGUUGUAUGCCUUACCUCCUAGAACUUAAUGCAUCUCACAAUAAGUUGACGACAUUCUUCAAUUUCAAGCCACCCAAAAAUCUCAAGAAGGUGGAUUUUUCCUACAAUCAAAUUUCUGAAAUGCGUGAUUUGUCAGAAUACCAGACUCUCACUAAACUAAUUUUGGACAACAAUGAGAUAGAGGAGAUCAGUGGGCUAGAGCUCUGUAGUAGCCUCACGCACCUGAGUCUGGCCAGGAACAAGAUCACGUCAAUUAACGGCUUAGGCAUGCUGCCAAUCAAGAUCCUUUGUCUGAGCAGUAACAGGAUUGAGAAGAUCACGGGUUUGGAGGACCUAAAAGCCUUGCAGAUCGUGGAUCUGUCCCACAAUCAGAUCAGCAGCCUCCAGGGCUUGGAGAACCAUGACUUCCUGGAGGUGAUCAACCUGGAAGAUAAUAAGAUUGCCGAGCUGGGUGAAAUAGAAUACAUUGAAAAUCUACCUCUCCUCCGGGUUCUCAAUUUUCAAAGAAAUCCAGUUCAGGAAAAAUCUGAAUAUUGGUUCUUCGUGAUUUUUAUGCUCCUACGAUUAACAGAAUUAGACCAGAAGAAAAUUAAAGUGGAAGAAAAGGUUGCAGCUGUGAAUAUAUACGACCCUCCCCCUGAAGUGGUCGCAGCCCAAGAUCACCUGACCCAUGUCGUCAACAGCGUGAUGCAGCCCCAGAGGAUCUUUGACAGCACUCUCCCCCGCCUGGACGCCCCGUAUCCCAUGUUGGUUCUGGCCGGUCCUGAAGCCUGUGGGAAACGAGAACUUGCUCACCGCCUCUGCAGACAGUUCAGCACGUACUUCCGGUACGGGGCCUGCCACACCACAAGACCGCCGUACUUUGGAGAAGGGGAUCGAGUGGAUUACCAUUUUAUCUCUCAGGAAGUUUUUGAUGAAAUGCUAAAUAUGGGGAAAUUCAUUCUGACAUUUAAUUAUGGUAAUCACAGUUACGGAUUAAAUAGGGACACCAUAGAAGGUAUCGCAAGAGAUGGUUUGGCAAGCUGUAUUCACAUGGAAAUAGAAGGUGUAAGAAGUUUGAAAUUUUCCUAUUUUGAGCCUCGAUAUAUCCUGGUGGUGCCCAUGGACAAGGAAAAAUAUGAAGGAUAUUUGCGGAGAAAAGGAUUAUUCAGUCGUGUAGAGAUUGAAUUUGCUGUGUCCAGAGUGGACCUUUAUAUUAAAACCAAUCAGAAAUUUCCAGGAUAUUUUGAUGCUAUCAUCAAUGCAGAUGAUCUGGAAGUUGCCUACCAAAAGCUGAGUCACCUCAUCAGAGAAUACCUUGGAUUGUCUGAGGAAACAUCCAAGAAUUUGGCUCCGACUGCAGCAGGAGCUCCCUCUAGCAAGAAGACCCCCUCUGGGGUGCCAGCACAUCUGGUCCCGUCCCCAAGGCGCUUGGCGAAACUGCAAGCAGAUGGCCAGAUAACAGAGCCUCUCUCUGGAAUACAGACUCACGCACAGGUCCCUGAACAUCAGAACCUGGCCCCCUCCCAGAACCAAGAGCUGACCCAGGAGGGAGCAGCCCAUCAAGAAGAACGUUCUCCCAGUAGCCAUGUCAGUGCUCAGCCUCCUCCACAGCCCCCUCCACAGCCCAGCUCCUCAGCACCUGGUACUUCCCAGCAGGCCCAAGACUUAUCCUCAAACCAGAAGGAAGGGGAUGUUCAACAAUCAGAUCUUUCUUCAAAAAUAAUGACGGAGCUCCCUGAAAAUGAGUCCCAGACAUCUGAGGCAAAAGCAGAUAAAAUAGGGCAGUCUUCCAUCGUUCCUUCCCAGGAGGCUUCUCAGCACCCUGACCAAGCUCCAGCUCGCAGCCCUCAACCAGACCAGGAUGAGGAAUCAGGGGAGGCCAAGGUAACCUCCACUGGCCCUCCCCCAUCUGAGGCUCCCCCGGGGUCUGGCCCAACAUCCCUCAGCCCCCAGAGAACCCAGGAUGAGGAAGCCAAGUCCGCUGAUCUGCCACCCAACAGUGCCCAUUAUGAGCCUCCAAGAGACCCCUCCCACCCUAAUGCGGCCAAAAUACCGGGAUCAUCUCCAGAACAACCUCUGGAAGAGGAAAUCCCCAAAGCAGAAUUGGUUCGGGUUAGCACUCCUUACCCAGAAUUGCCACAACCUCAGGACUCAGCAGCUAUCAAACAGACCCAGGACAAGAGCGACCCAAUGACUUUGCUCCCCAGAAGCCGCCUGGCUCCCACCAGGCUGCCCCAGCCUCAGGUCCUUGCUCCACUCCAGAGCCGGAGGCCCACCCCCAAACUCCUGUCACCCAGCAGGGAGGAAGCUUUAGAAACAGCCUCAGAUCCAACUGUGACUUCCUCUCCCAGGCCUCCACUAGCUCAGGAAGGAGACCCCAGUAAACUUCCUCCCAUCAGCCCUCCCCAUUCCAAACCACCACAAAAUCCGAGCUCCUAUCCAGACCAUAGUCCUCAGCAAGUCCAAGAAGAAAAGGUCAGGGAGGUGAAGCUCCCUCUUAUCAGCCCCCCCAUCCAGGAGCACAUGCCACAGCCUGCCCCCGAUCUGCCCCAGGAAGAGGAGGCUCAGGUCGUUAGGCUCCCACAAAUUCCCACUCCCUUCUCUGAACAGCGGCUGCCUCAGAACACAGGGCCUCCCCAUGAUUCAAGGCCCGCAAAGGGAAGGCAAGCUCCAAAAGCAGGCCACACUUCCAGCAAGAUUUCAGAUGUACAGGCCGUACCCCAAAACCAAAAACCAGUGCAACAGAUAGGAACUAGGAAAAAAAAACUCCCUGUCCAAAGAGAGACAACUAAAGGGACAGGGCAUCUGAAAAAGGCACUUAGAAGCCAUCAGACAGCCUUGCAGCCAGAAUCCCAGAGUAAGAUGACUCCCCCAAAGGUUCCCAACCACCCUAAUCCUAGCCCACCUCCGAGUCCUCAGGGGAACCAGAGGAGAAAAGUCCAUGCACCAGAAAUCCCUGAGCCAACCCAUGCUGAACCAUUGCCUAAGGAUCCCCAGUUACCAGAAGAGAAGCGGGAAAAGGAACAUUCUUCCAGAAAAAAAGCCAGUGCCAGCCUCCCCACAGAUGACCUGGUUCAGAAGGGAACUGUGUCCAAAAAAGGACCAUCCUCAAAAAGAAGGAAUUCUGGAGGAUUGUCUCAAGAGGCUAAAGCGGCCCUCAGUGGUGGUCCCCCAACUCAGGAGGGUCAGCCCCUGCCCAGGAGACCUCUCCAGAGUGAAACUUCCUCUGCAGAGUCCAGACCAGAUGAUUCUGCUUCUAGGCUACAUCCGAGGAGAAAAGAAGAGGCUCAUAAGAGGGGAAGAUUUCCGAAGAGAGAGGCUAUUUUGGACUCCCCGGCGCAGGCUUCCACCCAGCAGCUUGUCCAAGGGACGCAAGCCCUGAAGGGGACCAGUCAGACCAAAGAGAGCUCUGUCCAAAGGGACAGCGCUCCUGGGCAGCAAGCCAGAGACAAACACAGCCGGAAACAUGGGGGAGCACCAAAGGACAGGAGCUCAGCUACACCCCAGAGUCCCGUGUCUGCCGAGGAGCGGGGCAGCUGGGAAGGAAGACUGCGAGCCAGGGGCAGUCAGAGCACCAAGGUGUGAGCCACCCUUGGAGCACUGGGUCCCUGGGUCUCUAACAUCUGUGCCUCUUGGAGGCAGUGCUGUCACAGAAAGGAAAGUGAUGGCCAGGCCACCAUGACUCCAUAUCCCAGCUUCCUUCUGCCACCUGCAUAAGCAUGAGGGGGUGGGCACCAGCCCUGCCCAGCCUUUGGGUUCUUAGAAGGCAGCAAGUCUGUGCGAAUUCUUGUGGUUUGCCACUGUAGCCUCAAAGAGCAGCCCCUCGAGUGGGGUACUCCAGCAAGCUGUAGAGCUGGUCUUAACAGAUCUGAUGCCAGCAGGGAGCCUGUGUGUCUAGACUUGUAUGAAUUCCAAUAUGUGCUCGAACUCUGGCUGAAACAAUGUCACGUUGCCAUUGUUUUUAUUGACUCCAUUAAGAAAAGUCACUUCUGGAUGAGAAAAUUCUCACCUGCCUCUUGCUUUAUCAAGGGAUCCAGAAGGAGAACUCUGAGAAAGGAAGCCUUUGCAGUUUCUGGGUCUUGGUCACUCCCGCCAAGGUUCCAGACCCACAGUUAAUGCAUGGGAGUCUUUGGAAGGGCAGGGGACACGUUCCUUGCACAAUGACACUGUGAUUGCUGAGUCCUCCGGGUUUGCGUUGGCAUAUAUGACUUGAAACUUACUUUUGCUUAAUGUUUAUUUCAGGAUGAAUACCUUCCUACUCUCUCCGAAUAGGAACCUCAUGUAAAUUAGCCCGUGCCUUCAUUGUGCUAAACCACCUGGCUGAAUCAGUGAAAAGGGUUAGUAGGGAGAAGAUGGAGCGGAGUUCUUUUUACUUCAUUAACUCAUACCAUCAGGAUCCCUUUGCUGACAAGUGACUGGGGUCCGACCUGAGGUAGCUUACGGGAAUCUACGAGAAGGGAGUGGAAAGUCUCCCACAACCAAAUUAUGGGGAGGGUAGAGGUAGAGCUGAGCCUACCUCAGAACUGGGGACCAGUUAUUGAACAUAACCCAGACUCUAGUCAUCCCCAGUAUUUUCUGUCAUUAACAGCACUCUUGUCAUUUCUCUUUUUCUUUCUCCAUGGUGGCUCUUUAUCUUUGGUUCCGACGGACUCCAUAGAAGUUUCUGCACAUGGCAGGGAACACGGCCACCAGUACUUCUCAAGUCUUAUAUGUGGUUUUACAUCUGGCAGCUCCCACUACUAGAAAGGGAUUAAUUUGCAUGUUCUUUAAUCUUAAAAUUAAAAAAAAAAAUUCAGGGAAAGAUAUUGACUGGCCUGGCUUGGGCCAAGUGUUCAUUCUUAAACUAAUCUACUCUGGCCAGAGACAGGGUCCCAUACAUGUCACCAUUGGUGCCCCCUCCUCGAGUACAUGGCAACUGCAUUCCCGGACAGCAGGGACUAAGAGCAAAGCAGCUAACCUGGGAUCUGGCUCUUAAAGGGUUACAAGGUAUUUAUUGAGUACUUACUAUGUAGAUAGCAGCAUCGGAAACUAUGUUUGGCAUCCUGUAUUUCCAAAAGAGAAAAAAUGGAGGACUAAAUGCCUGUAUAAAUGGAUCUUAUCAUAUACAAAACGUAUGUGUCCACGAAAUUGUAUGUAUGGCAGAUGUUAUUUCAAGUUCAGUAGUGGAAAUUGACAUUUUUAAAAUCCAGGAGGCAGGAAUCCUCUUGUAAAAUGAAGAGCGUAUGUUAUGCCAAUAAUUACCCUUUGAUUUAUCUGAUUUGUCAAAGAUGACCAUAGUAAGGUGAAUUUUUUUUUAACAUAUCGUAACUUACAUUUAUGGAUUAGUCCAGUCAUCCAACAAGCAUUGAUUGAGCACCUUCUAGCUGCCAGACUGCUGGCUGCUAGAUGUACACAGUGAGAUGAUGAGGAGCUCCGUUUUUUAUCCAGAGAGACAGAUAAGAGAGUUCAUUACAACACCAUGUGAUUGGGGUAGCCGGAAGCCCCACAGCACACUGGGCCAGGUUUAAACAUCAAAUAGGCAAACCCAUUUAUUAACUUUUCCAGAAUAUCAUAAGGAUGAUAUGGAAGGACACUGAAUCUAGCUUGGGAUGGGAGAAUUAGAUCACAAAACACUUCCGAAAGGAGCUUAUCUUUCAGCCAAGUCAUCAAGGUUGCAAAAUUAGAAUGAUGGGAGAGAGUGAAGGUUUCUUGGAAAAGGGAACAGCAUAUGUCUAAGCGUGGCCGUAAGAGCAGGCGCAGCAUUUCUUUUGAGGACCCGGAUGUCAGGUGUCUGUAGAUCCAAAGGGCGUUUUGUGCUAAUAAUGAGUUUAGAAACUUGAUCUAACAGUGGGGAGCCAUUGAAUAGUUAAAUUUUUAUCUUAGAGGCAUGUGUCUAGAGUUGGUAUGGAGGAUACCUUUAAGGAAGUACAGGGGGUAGGAAGGAUGGCUGGGAAGCUAUUGCGAUAGUUCUAACAAGAUGGUGAGGGCCUGUAAUAAGGCACUGUGGCAGGAAUAGUCAGAUUCAGGAGAUAUCUGGGUGGGACAUGGUGGGGGCUUGGGGAGGACAGAUGUGAAGAAAAUAAGGAUAAUCACCCCUUGUUUUAUGAGCCAUGAAUGGUGCAUCUCAGAAGCGCUGAUACCUCACUUAGGCGAGAACUUUAGAAAAAUACGUGGUUUCCUCCUCGGGCAACUGGUUCUGAGGCCGCUUAGGGCAUUCAAGGUUGCACUUUUCUUAGGGUUCUAAAGGGAAGUGAAAAGCCAGGUUUCCCUUUGUUUGACUUAGAGGAAGCUCUAGCUCCCUUCCCGGGGGUUCGUGAUGGUAGAAGGUUUGUGUUUUGAUGGCAUGUAAAAAUGUCCUGGGUUCAGAGCAGCUGGUCAAUACUUUGUUUGUUGUCCAAGGAAGGGAGUAGCAAAGAUCACUAACUCCUCUGUGGUGGGAGUAUUUUACUGCUAUUAUUGAUUUUCUUGGUAUAGCGGAAACUUCUGCUUUUAAGCUGUAUAAGAAUUGUCAUUUUCCAUCUACGUUUACAAAGUUCACAUCACUUCCAUUUGCUGUAUUCCUCAGCAAAGUGGUCUUUAUGGGACAACAAAAAACACUGCAGAACUUUAGUCCCUCUAUUAGCUAAUGUGAUCUUUAGCUUUUCAAAGGAAGUCUGGCAGCUAGUGUUCACAUCAACAGAGAUAAUAUAGUUCCACUGGGCUUAAGAGACUUCUUCAAAUAUUUAAAAAGCUAAAUCCGUUGUUUUAAAGCUUCAAAAGAGAAUUGGACAAAGGACAUGAUCAGGUAAUUCACAAUAGAGGAGAGAAAAAUGGCCAAAAUACAUGUCAAAAUGCAUUUAGCUUUCAGUACUUCUGUAAAUUAAAAUGGAUUAGAUUUUGGGGGUUACCAAACUGGCAAAGAUGGAAAGCAAAUUAAUGCCUAUUCUUGGUAAGGUUGAGGGGAAACACACUUUCUGUGUCAUCACUGAGAAAGUAAGUUGGCACCACUUUUGGGGGGACAGUUGUGCAAUAUCUGUCAGAGCCUGUAAAUAUUGCCUAUGUUUAAACUGGUAAUUCUAACUAUGACUUAUCCCAAGGAAGUAAUUGACAUAGAACGAUGUUCCCAUUAAUGUCUUUAUAAUAAAUUCUGGAAGUAAUAUAGCCACCCAAUGGGAUUUUAAAAAUAACUUACGGAAAAGUUACGGUUUAGCCAUAUGCUAAAAUGUUACAUUGCCAUUAUAAUCUGUUGUAGACGAAUGUAGAGAAGAAUAUUUGUUACAUACUAAGGAAAAAACAGAUUAAGGAGGUAAAACCAGUAUGGUUCCAGUUGUGAGUUCUGGGUUGUCAGAUUAUGAAUAAUUUCUAUUUUCUCAUUUAUGUUUUUAGUAUUUUCCAAAUUUUCUACAAUGAACCUGUGUUUAUUUGGAAAAGGUUACAUAGAAUCAAAUUCACAUGUAUGAAAACCUGUCCUGUGAAAGCGCAACCUUAUGUUAUGUUAUGUUCUCUUUCAGUUUGGCAUACAUAAUGAGGAACUUUCUUAAAGUUAGAAGUCACGUACAAAGGAAUAAACAGGUUUUCUCUAGAACUCUGUGUUGGAAAUCUUACGAGAAGCUUCCAUAUGUCAGGCGAUUAGUUGGGCUGGAUAAAAUUUAAGGUUGCUUUUAUGAUUUAAUCCAUUUACUACAACAGGCUCUACAGGCUGGCUAUGGAGAAUCCAGCAGUCUAUUUAAUU